CUUUCCUACCUACAUCCUUUACAUAAUGAACCUUCAGGUCCCUAACGCAAUAGCUGCUACCGCUUCUAAAUCAAGUGCGAACCAUAGUUAGUAACAGUUACGAUAAUGCAACCUUCCUUUUUCGUACUGAGCGACAACGUCAAGAUAACCGAAAGCUAUUUAUAUAAGUAGUUGAGUGGAUACUUGCCCUUUAAAAUGCAAGUUAAAGUUUUCACCUUAGAGAAGAGGGUUCUCCAAUACAGAGCUGCUGUCUCAGGUUUACUGGUGGCUUUCUGUAGUGGGUUAAUCUUAGGAUGGACAUCGCCGUAUUUGCCCACUCUUCUAUCCGAAGACUCGCCAAUCUCAAUGACGUCAGAUGAAUCGUCUUGGGUGGGAACCUCUUACCUGUUGGGCGGACUGUGCGGCAGUCUUUUGCUGAGCGUCGUUGGGCGUUCAAUUGGAAGAAAGACGAUUUUAUUGUGGUCGAGUGUUCCAUUCUGCACGUCAUGGAUAGUAAUCGCUUUUGCAAACUCUCUACCGGUACUUUUAAUUGGUCGAAUUAUAGGAGGCAUCUGCCAAGGCUUGGCGUUUGCGACUCUUCCGAUGUAUUUAAGUGAAGUCUCAGAUAAAGAAAUUCGGGGAUUGUUGUGUUCAUCGGUAUCUAUCGCCCUUUUUUUGGGCGUAAUGGUAAUCAAUAUGAUCGGCGUGUAUAUGACUAUCCAAACUUCGUCGUUGGUUUGUCUAAUAGUACCACUUCUCCUCUUCUUUACUUUCGUUUGGAUGCCCGAAUCGCCGAAUUACUUACUGAUGAGGGGUAAACAUGAGGAAGCAAGACAGAGUCUUACUGCGUUAAAAGGACGAGAUGACGCCGACCGCAACUUGGACGUACUUGUAAAAGUUAUCGAGGAAGAACGGUUAAACAAAACCAAUUUCCUUUCCAUGCUCGAGAAGAAUAACAGACGAAAGUUGCUGACGUUAGUAGGACUACGUGUAACCCAACAAUUCAGCGGAAUUACCGCUUUUAACAUUUACACGCAAACAGUUUUUCAGGAAGGCGCCGAUUCAAUCUCGCCGCUGUUGGGAACAGUAAUUCUAUAUACAAUACAAAUUGUGUUUUCUGUCUUGAGCUCACUAUUGGUAGACAAACUCGGCAGAAGACCUUUACUGAUAACAUCUACGGUAGGAGCAAUCUGUGUGUUACUGGUGGGAGGUUCAUUCUUUUUGGUUCGAGAUGUGGCCGACUUGGACACUUCCCACGUUUCUUUCUUACCAGCGCUGAUUUUGAUCGCUUUCACAUUCAGCUACAGUUUAGGCUUACAAGCAAUGCCCAGUUUCAUGGCCUCCGAACUAUUUACCACAAAUUUGAAGCCUUACGCUUGCACCGUCGGCGACGUAAUGUAUUAUGCAUUUGGAGCGAUUGUUUCUAAAUACUUCCAAGUUACUAAAGAUAAUUAUGGCCUUUACGUACCUUUCUGGAGCUUUGCAAUAUGUUGCAGCAUGGGACUCGUAAUAAUUGUAAUGUUUAUGCCUGAAACAAAAAACAAAACAUUGGAGGAUAUACAAGCGGAAUUAAAUCAUUAAAGAAUCAGUAAACAGUUUUAAAAGUUA